CCGCCCCUCUCCCUGACCCUCCCUCCUCUUUGGCCUCCCUUCACCUGUUCCUUAAGCCAAAUAGCGUCAUGCCCCGAAGCGGCGCCUCACCCUCCACCCGAAAUGGCGUCGAUGACUCCAUCGAGUAUGAGUACUACGAAACAGUUGAAGUCAUCUCGUCGGAGCCGCUUCCCGAGUCGCAAGUUUUUAUGUGCGACUUUGGUGGCCAGUCCCCAUCAUUUCUCCUGUCGCCGCACACGGUGGUCUCUGUGUCGGGCCUCGAAACGGGGGAGCCUCUUUUUCAAUUCACCGAGAUGUCAGCCCCUCCGUCGGCGUCUGACGCAUCAGCUGCUGCUGCCGCCACCUCGGCUGACCUGGCUCCACACGUCCAGGGGCCCUCGCAGCUGUUUCAGGGCUCCUUCGUCCAUUCACUCGGAACAGACAUGAUCUUCGAGCGCGCGGCAGAUGGAGCAGGAGAGCCGACUUACCUGGGGGCAACCACCAACCGUCUGCGGAUGCAUCAGAUGUCGGUGACUCAGUCAUAGCGCGUGGUCCCUCUCUCCCUCCCUCCCUCCCUCU